AUGGCGUGUAAAGAGAAGUUUACCGUUGAGAUCCAGAAGUUAGCAGUGAAGGGUGGCAGGCUCAAAGAGAAGUUGGUUGUCCGAGUUGUGCUUGGGUACAAGGAAGUCUUGCGGACCAAGGAGAAGGCCGUAGCUGUCGUGGUGGACAAUGACAACUUUCAGUCAGUGCUUCUUGUGGAAGCAUGGUCAGUUGUAGACACUGCAGCCCUGAGCAAAGAGGUGAUUUCCCGAGUCGGGAAGGUGAUCUCCAUUGAGAACGCAAAGGUGGCAUCCAAAGGAAAGUCUUUGACGUGGCAUACUCGCAGCUUGAAGGUGUCCUUCGAUGUUCACACCGUUGUGAAGGAGGUGGAGGAUAGCGGCAAGCUACCCAAGGUCUUGCCCACAAUUGCCCUUGGAGACAUUUCUAUGCUCACUAACACCUGCUUGGUGUCGGUGAUUGCGGCCAUCCACAAGGCUGGCUGA